UCCGCUGAGAGAGGGUAGAGUCGGAAGGUUUGUUGAAGUAAGCAAGCAAGCAAGCAACAGUCGUCUGCCUCGUCGUCACACUGCCGCGGACUUACUCAACUUUCACGGCUCUUUCCCCACUCCGGUUUUAUUGUACCUUUUUUGGGUUCUGGUUUUCUGGCAAGCAGCCCGAAGCGAGCAAGUGAGUGUUGAAUCCCCCGACCUCGAGGAGUUUGUGUUGGGCACCGGGGGAAAGCAGCAGCGUGAGGCGGCGCCCACGAAAAGUAAGCUAACCUACUGGGCAAGGUUCGAGCUUACUUGGCAACCACCCACUUUCCCCUCCGGUCCCUCCGUUGGCUGCUCUGGUCCCACAGGGCGGAAAUAAGUAUGGGGUAAGCGAGCCGAGCAACGACGUUGCAACGAGACGAGGGCCCCGCUCAGCCGCACAGGUGCACGACGGCAUCAUGGCACUGCUGCGGUGGAGACUGAAGAUUCUGUUGACUGUGACAAUGGUCAACGUCUUCAUCUUCAUCCUGAUCUCCCGACACAACGGGCGGGGCAAGGGCUUCCAGGAGAAAGUGCGGGUCCCCUCCAAGCCCUUCUGGAACAAGAUGACGCCCAACUCGGGCUACUGGAACCGUCAGCAGCAGGUUCUGGACUUCUGGAACAACCCCAUCCUCGGCAAUCGCAGCGGCGCCGACUUGCCCGGUUGGCUCAAUGAAACCCAUUUGUCUUUUGAACCCUGCCAGCCGGACACCGGGGUGACCACUCAGGUGAAAGAUUACAACUCUCUACCUUUGCGAUUCAAGGACUUUCUGCUCUACAUGCACUGCCGCUAUUACCCAGUUCUGGUGGACCAGCCGGACAUCUGCAAGGAGCCACCCUUCCUGCUGCUAGCUGUCAAGUCCCUGGCGCCGCAUUUUGACAGGCGUCAGGCCAUACGCCAGUCGUGGGGGAAGGCGGGGGCGGUCGCCAACCGGACCGUCGUGACGGUCUUCCUCCUGGGCCAGACCACAUCGGGGGACCACUACCCGGACCUGUUGCCGAUGCUAAGCUACGAGAGCGACCGACAUCGGGACAUCAUCCAGUGGGACUACCGGGACUCCUUCUUCAACCUCACAAUCAAGGAGGUUCUCUUUCUAGACUGGAUACAGACACGUUGCGCCGGUGCCAGCUUCGUUUUCAAGGGAGACGAUGACGUCUUUGUCAACACCUAUGCAAUCCUGAGCUUCCUGGAUGGGCUGUCGCCGUCCAAAGCUGCAGACCUCUUCGUGGGUGACGUCAUCACCAAUGCCGGGCCGCACCGGGACAAGAAGGUCAAGUACUUCAUCCCGGAGAGCAUGUACAUCGGCUCGUACCCACCUUACGCCGGCGGCGGUGGCUACCUGUACUCGGCCAGCGUCGCCACCCGCCUGCACGCUACCUCCCGCCGGGUGGCGCUCUACCCCAUCGACGACGUCUACACGGGCAUGUGCCUGAUGAAGGCGGGGCUGGCCCCCGAGAAGCAUAAGGGCUUUCGCACCUUCGACAUCGAGGAGAAGUACCGCUCCAACCCUUGCGCCUACAAGGGCCUGAUGCUGGUCCACCCACGCACGCCACAGGAGAUGAUCCAGAUCUGGUCCUGGCUCAACCAGCCAGAUCUCAACUGCCAGUAGGAAGCGCCCAACCCCCCUCGACGUCACACCCACCCGAAGGUUUAGACCAUUACUUUGAGCAGAAGAGGGGAUGUCAUUUAAAAGUUGGCAGCUUGUCGUCAUGCUCACUUGGAACUUCAUCCCGGAAACGUUUCCUCCUUUGGGAGCGCCAGUGUUUGUGUAUGUGUCGCGAUUUUGCAGUCAGAGUACUCCCACAAAUGGUAGAUUGAUUCUUAAUGCACAGUUGUAGGGUUAUCCAUAACCUCAUGUCCUAAUUACAAUUCAAAGCUAAAUAACAUGGUUGAGGGUUAGUGCUUUCCAAACAAAAAGUACAUUUUAGUUUCUCGCAUCAGGCCUAUCUAAAUCUUACCAAGUGACUUUUAUCAAUGUAUUGUGUUGUGCUCGAUCAUUUUUAGAUGGAAAAAAAAAAACACUUGAGGGCCCCCUGUAUCAACAAGUGGCACCUUGCUUUUUUUUUUCCAAUUUGAUCUUCUUGCUUUGCUGUACAAAGAGCUUCAGCCAAAAGUGUGCCUUUCUUUGGGGCACGUAAUUAUAUGGCUGUAACUAUUUAUAACGCUUUAACACUGUGUCCGCUCUCCACUGGGGGGGCCUCCAAAAUGCUGUAUUAUAGAGGAAUAUAUACGUGAGAAAUGAAGCAUGGGAACAUAGUCAAUGUGGACUGUUAACACAAUGCUGUCAGUGUCCCCUUGCGAGAAGAGUUUCUGCGAAAAUCUGCGUAUCAGAGAUAGAUUUAAUCACUUAUCGACCGGUGCCUUUCAUAUGGAGUCCAGCCACUCAACAAAGCAGUGUAUAUGAUUUCAUACCACAAAAGGAUGAUUACAUUAGUUUUCGAGCAGUGUCUGGUGUUUACUGCUAUUCCCUCUCUAGUAGCUGCUGUCCUGCCUCUGGUGCUACCUCAGAAGCUGGAAAAUCCUCAGGUCAUUCCUUAUCCUUUGACAUUGAAGUUCAGUUUCAACAAAAUUGGCAUUUCAGAGACGAGACUAAUUUAGCAACCUUUCACACUGAAACGCAGCAUCCUGCAAAUUUAAUGGCAUCCGUGUCUGGUCACACCCGAGUCCCGCCUUUUCCGCUGUCCAUUUUCUUACAUCUGCCGUCCUCUCCUUGAUCCUACCUCGAAAGCUGGAAAAUCUGCAGUAUUCUCAUUCCAUAUCCUUUUGCACAGAUCUUGGAAGGUAUCAAAAAUCAUUAGCAUAAUAACAGCUUCCUAAAUCAUAAUUUAAAGUUUGAUGGGAGGGAAACAAUCUCAAGCUAUCAAGUGUCAGAAUGUUUAACAAAACAAAA